UUGGUGUGUUUUCCUUUGCGUGAUUAUUCCUCACCGCCAAAAUGAACCCUCGGAAACAAACAGAUGGCAGCGGCAGCGUCCUUAGGAAAUCCAUGAUGGGUUUAGUGGGUGCUGCAUACAUGUGUUUGGCUCUGAUGACGCUGACGCUGCUCUCGGCCGUCAUGGGUGUGGGCUUGGUUCGUUUCUGGGUGGAAGAGCCGGUCCACCUUAAAGAAAGAUUGUAUUUUGAUUACCGAGAUGCUCAUCCUAAAGCUGUUCUUGAUUUUGGAGUGGAAGAGUAUGAUAAGCUCGUCAAGACUGUCCCCGUUGGACAUUCUUGUAAUGUUCGUUUGCUUUUCGUUAUGCCCGAAUCCGAUUAUAAUCGAGAUAUUGGGAUGUUUCAGGUAGUUGCAGAAUCCUUGUCAUUGAACGGGGAUGUGAUAACCAGCUCCAGCCGCCCAUGCAUGCUACGCUUCCGAAGCCAGCCGGUUCGACUCAUGCAGACGUUUUUCAUGGCUGUACCAUUGUUGUUAGGGGUCACAAGCGAGAUCCAAAUUGUGAACGUACCGCUCCUAAAAUACAAGGAGCGGUACUACCACCGAACACAGUUCAUUAGGAUUUCAUUAGUUCCAAGAGCCGGGACACCUUUUCUUCCACAAAUAUAUGAAGCGAACCUAAUCGUGAGCUCCGAACUACCAUGGAUGAAACGAGUUGUUCGUAAUUGGAAGUGGACAUUUAGUGUUUGGACAUCUUUAUACAUUUACCUCAUGCUGCUUCUAGUUCUGAUUUGUUUCUUUAGAUCGAUGUUGUUCCCGGCCGCCCAGACGAAUGUCUCCGACUAUCAAAGAGUGGCGGGGUCGGAUGAUAUGGGAGAAGGCCCACCUCAAGUGGUGGUUGGUGCGGGAGGUAGACGGACUUCAGACGUUCUUAAACAAUGGAGACAAAGCAGAGGCAAGCGGAAGGCGAUGGUGUACGGUGAAGGGUCAGAUGCCACAAGCAUGAGCGUAACGAGAGACGAUGACACUGGUGCGACUACUGCUGAGGAGGUAGGGGACUCGGAGUCGGUUUGUCAAUGAGGUCUGUUUGACACUAGCAAGUUAAACUUGUGGGACUAACUUUCCUUGUUUUCAUACGGUGUUUGAAUAUGCGAAUAUAAAUGCUGUUUGAUAAGAUUGUAUUUCUUUUAAA